AUGAGAAAAUACAGACUUAAAGGACUAAUUGGAGAAGGUGUAUCUAGCACUGUGUAUAAAGGUGUUUCUGAUGAGGGAGAUGAGGUGGCAGUGAAGAUUGUUUCUAAAGGAAGGAUGGGCAAGUGGAUGUCAGAUAGGGAGGCUGGAAUGCUUGGAAUGACUAAACAUGAAAAUGUGAUUGGUUUGAUUGAUCAUUUUGAGACAGAAAACCAUGUGUAUUUGGUGGAAGAGCUGUGCGACAUGAAUCUUGUUGGGUUUUUGAACGAGUAUGAGGUUGAUGAGUCAGUAGCGUUGAAGACACUGAGAAUGAUAUUGUGUGGAGUGGAGCACAUACAUUCGCAAGGAAUAAUGCAUAGGGACCUGAAGCUAGGAAAUAUUCUUUUGAAGGGAAAUACAGCGAAGAUAUGUGACUUUGGGCUUUCAUGUUAUUUGAAUGAGAGUGAUGGUCGAGUGUGUGGUACGUCUGAUUACAUUGCUCCUGAGAUGGCGAGUGGAAGUGAAUACUCGCUUGGAGUGGAUAUGUGGUCUGUAGGAGUUAUAUUUUAUGCGCUUUUGACGAGGAAGAAGUACAUGAAAGGAUCUUUAAUGCCGGUGUGUUCAUCGAGUGUGAAGGAUUUACUUGAAAGACUACUGGAGGUUGAUGUGCGAAAGAGAAUUUGUUCAAAGGAAGCAUUGAUGCAUGAAUGUUUUGGUAGAUUUAUUCCGAGCUUUGAAGACUUUCGCUGUCUGUUUGAUUUUGAAAAGGAAACGAAGCAUGGAAUGAUCAGAAAAAGCAGAGGAUGUGUUGAGAUGGGAGAUGUUAAGGUGACUGCUAGAAUGCAGUAUAAAGAUGAAUACAAGCAUGGGAUGAUAGAAUGUAUGUGUGGACAAAGAUUUGAGUAUGUAGUGUAUGUGAAUGGUCGAGAAGUCGAGCUAAUAAUGGUUACGAAUCAAAAGUUAAAGAUAUUAAGUCUAAUGGCAGCAUACAUCAAGAUUGCUAUGCAGAGGACUGCAAAGAUAGUUAUAAACGAUGACGGAGUAAGGUUUAGCUAUAUGUUUUCAGGAGAUUUUUUGUAUAAUGAAAACACGAAAGGAGUUAUUCUUAAGAGAGUAGGAAUAAUGUAUGAAAUGAUAGACGGAUUAGGCAAAAAGUACAGUUGCUCAGAGAUUCCAGAUGAUUUGCGUGAAAAGGUUUUUGAGCUGAUGCAAAGAUGUAAGAAGAUAGAUGAAGAGGUGUGCUGGUUUUCACGAAGACAGCCUAUUCUUGUGGAUUGUCUUUCUAAGCAGCAGCUGUCGAUGUCGAUGCCCUGGGCAGCUGAGGCAAGUGAGAUGAAUAUUCGAAGCGAAAGCAGGUAUUAUUAUGCUUCAGGUAUUGGAUGGUGUGUUAGGAACGGGUUUUCACUUGUAUUUCUUUUGAUUGAUGGAGAGAUGAUUGAAGUUGAAUGUCUGGAUUUGGCAGUAAGAAGUGGGGAACGGAUGCUUAAGAUUGGAGAUGGUCUUCCGCAUCAGUUAAAGUGUGGACUGAAAAGAAUAUUGCCGUUGAUAAUGCAAAUGAUGUGA